GCGUUCUAUGUGACGUCAUGUAGGGCUUUUAAUGCUUAGUUUUUCCACAGGGCUCAGCAAGCCAUGGGCAGUUUAGGAUUCUUGCGGGUCCAGUUCCCUAUAACAGUAUUAUUGUCAUGUAUGUUUACAUUGUCCUCUGGGAGUGAAAUGAAUUUUGUAACGUGCGGGUCGGUGGUGAAGCUGCUCAAUGUGAAACACAACGUCAGGUUACACUCUCACGAUGUCCGCUAUGGAUCUGGUGGUGGUUAGAGUUUGUUUAUGGUUUUGUAUGUUGUGUAUGUCAGUAACAGUUAUUGGAGUGUGCGAGGCACCAGUGAUGCUGCAUGUCAUCGAGGGACUCCGGUACAGUGUGGACAGAACAUCCGACUGACCCAUGUGAACACGGGCCGCAAUCUACACAGCCACUACUUUACUUCUCCUCUUUCUUCAAAUCAGGAGGUCAGUGCCUUUGGUGAGAACGGCGAGGGUGACCAUCUGGACGAGUGGACCGUUCUGUGUGCAGGCUCUGUUUGGCAGCGGGAUGAGUCAGUUCGGUUCCGCCACACGUCCACUGAGGCUCUGCUGUCUGUGACGGGGGAACAGUACGGCAGACCCAUCCACGGCCAGAGAGAAGUGCACGGCAUGAUGGUCAGCAGCUCACACAGCUACUGGAAAACAAUGGAGGGAGUCUUCAUGAAACCCAGUCAGACUGGAUCCAGGGAUUUCAGCAUACAUACUGAAUUUUAGAGAAACGCUUCAUACAAGCUGAAUCUGCUGGACUCUUCAUUUUAUAGAGUUCUAUUGUUUGUUUGUUUUUUCUUUACUUACUAGCCCAGAAGAGGUGCCUUGAGCUGUUAUGAAAAUCAGUUUCAUAAUCAAACUGUGCCUCGUGGUCAUUUUUGAAACUUUUAAGCAUAUGCUUUUAUUUUGCACAACAUACACUACUGUUCAAGAAGUUUGGGGUCAAUAAGGAUUAUUAAGGUUUCGUCAAAAAUAUUAAGCAUUACAACUUUUUUCAACAUUGAUCAUAAUAAGAAAUGUUUUUUGAGCACCAAAUCAGGAUAUUAGAAUGAUUUCUGAAAGAUCAUGUGACACUGAAGACUGGAGGAAUGGCUGCUCACAAGAUUAAAGAACAAGAUAAAAUGCAGCCUUGGUGAGCGUAAGAUAAUUCUUUCAGUAACUUUUUAAUUUUUACUGACCCCAAACUUCAAAAGGUAGGGUAUAAUAAGACAAACAGAAAUUUUAAUUAAAAAAAAGUUUUGAUUUUUAGAAUGCAGAAAAAAGACACUUAGCAUGUCAAGCAAUUUUUUUAAGUUAAUUCCACAAUCUUACAGAUUUCAUAAUUAUAACGCAAAGUUCAGUGUUUAAACUCAGGUUUUAACUUGCAGCAUGAAAGUUUUGUGCACACCUUUGAGAAUAUCUAAUGGCUAUUAAUAUAGAAACAUCAUGGCCAUAUAUUUGCGUCUUUCACAAGUAAUAUUUAAUUAAAAAGAAACAUCAUCAAAUCUUUUAAGUAAUAAAAUUGGCCCACAACUGUUCUAGAAAAAAAAUAAAAAACAACUUUUAAAUACUUUAAAUUAAAUCCUGGCAAAUAUAAAUUAAUUGCACACCCGAACAAGCUGGAAUUCACUUGAAUUGCUUGAUGCUGACCUCAGAGUGGAAAUGCUACAGCAUCAAUGCUGCUUUAUGUUGCAGUAUUAACAUUAAAUCUCACUGAGGGACUUGCAGUUAUGUGGUGCUAUGUAAUGAUGUUGUAGACUAUUUUUUCUAAAGGAAGCUGUGAGUUUCUUAUAUAAAAAAAAAAGCUCCUAUACUCCUAUCAGUAUCAUACUUGCACACCUGAAUAUUACACGUAACAUCAUUUUUAAAGAGUGACACAAAUCAACCAUUUUCGUCUCUAAAUGUAUAGUUGAAAUUACAUCAAGUGCCUUUGUACACAUUUACUAUGAUUACAUAUAAUGUAGAUGCUGUAAUAUUUGAAGUGAGCUGUAAACUUCUUUUCUGUUUACAUGGUUGGGGUCACAGCUGUUUAACAUUUGACUUGGUUAUAUAAUACGUACACUGUACCAACUGAGAAUCAUUAGUACAGAUUUUGAAGUAUUAAACAGCCUUUAGAGUUUAUUACCUCAGACAGAUGGUUUGUGGAAACAUGCUAUUUUGUAGAUGCUUUAAAUUAAAGAUAUCAAGACUGGUUUAUUCAUUAA